AUGCCCUCCGCCACACUGGGCGUCUCUUCGCAAUCGAGAAGAAAGCUCAAAACUUUCGCUUUUGAUGAAAGACUGCUAACCGGAGACGAAGACAAGGAGAAUCAACAGGACCCAAACUCUGCCUCGAAACCCGACUCGGUCGACUGUGGCCUUACUGGCCAGGACGAGUUGCCUGAGCCGAGAGUCCCCCGUACGCCGGCAGUGCGCAUUCCCAUCGAAGACCUCAUUGCAAAUACCGAAGACGCAUACAAUUGCCUUCCACCAGUAGGCACACCGAAAGACCAUGUCCUCUGGCAGACAGGUCCGGACAGCUCGGACGCCUCAGCAGGAGCUUGCGCGACACAAAGGAGCAGAAAACGCGCUCACAGCUCCUCUCCUUCGUCUUCACAACAACUCUCUGCCCACACGGAUGCCUUGAACCUCGAUACCCUGAACAAGUCCCUGCGCACUCCCAACAAUGACCCCACACAAGAUCUAUGGAACAGGUACACAACCGUCAAUGGUGUGAAGAAAGAUGCAAGAGAACCCACAUUGCCCCAAUAUGUUCAUUUGCUUCCUUCAUCCCCUCAGACACCCAGUACCACGAGUAAGGAUAGCGGCUUGAGACGGACACACAGCUGCGGGAUCGAAUGGCCCACGUCAAAAGCAAAGCGCCGGAGGUUAGAGACGACCCAGCACCACAGCCGCACCAAAGAGCUAUUUGCCGCUUCUCGCAAGGAGAUUCUGCGCCGUGACCUUUCUAAUAAUACUCGCGUUGGCCUUCUGCUCGACAGAAUCCAAGAAAGUCUGACCAGGAAAGCCGACCCUACUGAAAGUCCCUCGAGCUCCUUCCCACUUCCAGAUAGGCGCUCGCAGGCUUUUGCAUCGCCAACGAAGCCGCCGAACAGAACCAGAGGAGAGUCCAGCGGUCCAGCAGAUGUACUUCAUCCCCCCCAAAUAGUUCAACCACAGAAGAUUGCGGCCCGGUCUGAAACAUCGUCGUCGUUCGAAUUCAGCGAUGAUGGUCUCGAUGUUGAAGCUUUUGAAAGUGUCGAACGGGCCUUGGAACAAGCCGAGACGAAGACUCAAAUAAGUCCUAUCGAGCCAGAUCGCAAUCGGGACGAGUUAACCACGCCGUCUAUUGCCCAAUGUCACAAUCAAGUCAGACUCGUCCAGUUUGAUGGGUCCGGAGAUCAAAGCGAGAGGCGGUCUGACGAGGAUCAAGAAUCUCUGCAGCCAAAGGCUCUUGCUGCAGAAUUCGAUGAAUUUAAUGACGACGACGAUGAUGACGAAGAGUUGAUGAAUGAGAUGCUUGAUCUUGCUGCGAAGUACGACUCGCAGCCGCCGGUAGCAACAGCAGCCAAUCCGCAAGCCAACCCGAAGCCGACCUCGGAGACAAAUCCACAAUCCAAGCACCUCGAAACACUGGAUGAGUUUGAAGAUGCUUUUGACGAUGAUGAUGAUGAGCUCUGGGAGGACAUUGCAAAUGCGACUUACGGAAAAAGCAGAACAACAAUCGCUUCCAAGGACCAUACAUCAAUUGACAACCGAGCUAUCAAACGUUAUCUCGUGAUGGAGGUCCUUGAGAGUGAAUACGAGUACAAGCCUGGCCGUAAAAGACCUGAAAAGAUGCUUUCAGUCAAAGACGAGAGAUCCAGCAUGUGCUAUAUUAUCCUGUUGCGAGAAUCAUGGUACGAUACCAGAUACACCAAAGGAUCCUAUGUUCAUGUCAUUGGUAAAUUUGAUCGCACGGGCCAGUGCAUUGUCGAUGAUGCUGAUAAUAUGGUCAUUAUCCAUCCGGACCAUCUCAUUUCCUCAACGGUUGUGGGGGAUUCCUUCACCUGUAUGCGGCGAGCUGUGCUCCAAGACAGGGUAAAAGCUACCAGCGCAGCGACUCAACCUCAGGUUUACGGCCACAUCUUGCAUGAAGUGUUCGGACGUGCGUUACGGAUCAAUAGGUGGGACAGAGAGUCUUUUAGGGAGAUCAUUGACAAGAUCCUUCCGUCUUACAUCGAAUCGCUAUACGAAAUCGGCGUUCGACCACAGGAAGCCACAGAAUAUCUUCUAGGAAAGACGCCGGAACUGAUGGCAUGGGCUACCGUCUUUGUCGGCGACACUCUGUCUGCAGAUGCUCUCAUCCGGGACCGAAAUGGCCUCCUAGUUCCCGCCACCGUCAAUAAGUUGCUCGAACUCGAAGAACAUAUCUGGUCUCCCAUGUACGGUCUCAAAGGCAAUAUCGACGCCACAGUUCAAGCACAGAUGAAGUUGCCGAAUGAACAAUCAGUGAGGACUCUGCUAGUGCCCUUCGAGCUCAAGACCGGUAAGAAGGACAAUGUGGAGCAGCACCGCGUCCAAACAGCGCUCUAUACCCUGCUCUUAUCGGACAGAUACGAUAUCAAUGUGACGUGCGGCGUGCUCUACUACAUGGAAACUGCCAAGACGUACAGGGUUGAAGGCAUUAGAAACGAGGUACGCCACAUGAUCAUCCAGAGAAACGAAUUGGCAUGCUACGUUCACGACAAGUUAGCUCUGCCACCCAUGAUCAAGAAACAACACCUAUGCAAGAGCUGCUAUUCAAAGGCGGCCUGUUUUACGUACCAUAAAUUGUCCGAAAAUGGCACCGCAGAAACCAGCGGUCUGGGGGAGAAGUUUAACGAAGUUGUCGGCCACCUGUCACCGGCGCAUCAGUCUUUCUUCAAGAAAUGGGAUGAGUUGCUCACAAAAGAAGAGCGCGAUACUAUGAAGUUCCGCCGCGAGCUUUGGACAAUGUUAGGUUCAGAGCGCGAGGCACUUGGGCGUUGCUUCUCAGAAGUCGUCAUCCAGCCUGGAUCAGCCCUUGAAAACCUAGAGGGUUCUAAGAUCAACCGAUUCGAGUACACCUUUACCAAGCAUCUGCACCGUCCCGGCUUUUCGUUCAGGGAUUCACAGAUCACCACCGGGGAACCCAUCGUAAUAUCGGAUGAGAAAGGACAUUUCAACUUUGCAGCCGGCUUUGUCACCAAUGUACAGCCUACCAGGAUCGUCGUGGUGGUCGACCGGAGACUCGGACGCGUACAAAAGAAAUUGGAAGGCUUUGACCCUGAGACCAACCAAGUUUUCUCUGGCAAUAUCGAUGUGGCUCACGACGGCAGCCAGUCUUCACAACAUAACGAGCCCAUCCUCUACCGGAUCGACAAGGAUGAGUUUGCCAAUGGCAUGGCUACAGCGAGGAACAACAUCCUUCGAAUGAUGGAAAAAGAUCUCUGGCGAGCUCGGGAGCUUCGCCAGUUGAUCAUAGAGAACAAGUAUCCAGAAUUCAAGGUCACUUCAACGGCCUACACACUAUCGGGACCAGCUUCACAACAGAAUCUCAAUGUUGAUCAGCAACGAGCCAUUGAGAAGGUGAUGAGUGCCAAAGAUUAUGCCCUUGUCCUCGGUAUGCCAGGCACGGGGAAAACCACAACGAUCGCUCACAUCAUCCGCGCCCUCGUAUCUCAAGGCAAAUCGGUCCUGCUUGCAUCGUAUACACAUACUGCCGUGGAUAAUAUCUUGUUAAAGAUCAAGGACGAUAACAUCCCCAUCAUGAGGAUUGGAGCAGUCAACAAAGUGCAUCCCGAGGUGCAGUCGUUCGCAGACAUUUCUGGGAUUCCCAAACGCACAAUCGAAGAGCUCCACGCCUCCUGGCACGAAAGCAAGGUCGUGGCGACUACUUGCCUCGGCGUCAACCAUGGCAUUUUCAAUGCCCGGACGUUUGACUAUUGCAUCGUGGACGAAGCUUCUCAGAUCACGUUACCGGUGUGCUUGGGACCAAUUCGCAUGGCCAGAACUUUUAUCCUCGUGGGAGACCACUACCAGCUACCGCCUCUGGUCCAGAACAAACAGGCUCUGGAAGGCGGUCUUGACGUAAGUCUCUUUAAACUCUUGUCCGAUGCACAGCCAGACUCCGUAGUCAAUCUGGAACACCAAUAUCGAAUGGCAGAGGACAUUAUGCUUCUGUCCAAGGAACUCGUCUACUCAGGCCGGAUCAAAUGCGGCAACGAAGCUGUUGCGAGACGAGUGCUUAAAAUCCCAGAUCUUGACGGUGGGAUGGCUAAGCAUCAUUUCACCGCGUCUUCUCUACCAAAGGCCAGCAAUCACAGUACACAGACAGUCUGCCUCGCCGGCUCUAACUGCUGGCUCCGACGCGCACUCUCGCCAUCCUCCCGCUGCCUCUUCCUCAACACUGAUAGCAUCAUACCUAGAGGUUCGGCACGAGAAACGGUGGCAGGUGCCCGAAUCACCAACACAAUCGAAUCAAUCCUUACAGCACAGCUGGUGACCGCCUUGAUUCACUCCGGCGUGGCACCCCACUCCAUCGGCGUAAUCACGUUCUACCGUUCUCAACUUGCACUCCUAAGAACGGAGGUGAAGGCCCUCGCCGGCUCUGUCGCAUCCAGCGAGGUGGAAAUGCACACCGCAGAUAAAUACCAAGGACGAGACAAAGAAAUCAUUAUAUUAAGCUGCGUGCGGAGCAACGAGAAUAGCCAUGUCGGAGACCUUCUCAAAGAUUGGCGACGAGUGAAUGUUGCAGUCACGAGAGCAAGGAGUAAGCUGUUGCUUGUGGGAAGCAGGGGCACUUUGGAAGGGAGUGGUGUGCCUAUCUUACAAGGUUUGACAAGGAUCAUGGAGGAGAAAGGGUGGACACUGGAGUUGCCGGGUGAAGCUUGUGAGAUGCAUUGCUUCGAGAGCCCUGUCACUCAGGCAAACAACGGUGCUACGCAAAAGUGUCGUAGUGCUGCUGGAUUUCCUAGUCUUGCUGGUACAGAGGAAGCGAGGAGUUCACCUUUAACGCCCUCGACAAAGAAGCAAAAAAGAUCCCUCGAGCAGAUGAGCGAGGACAGUCACAACUAUAGAGGUCUCGGGAAGAAGCAGAAGCGAAGUCCCUUCAGAAAGCCGGACAAGGUUGUGAGAGGAACGACACUGGUUGGUGGCUUUGAUGGUGGCCUGCGGAAGGUAUUGGAUAAACGACCUGUCCUGCGGAAUGUUUUGGAUGAAAUCGUGAGCAAUGCUUACGAGAAUGACUUGAACAAAGAGAACACCCCUCUGAUUGCGGAUAUGGAUAUGGACACGGACAUGGAUGCAGAUUUCGACCCAGCGGAUUUUGGAGUAUACUAA